ACCGGAAGCAACCGGCACUCUUUCCCUCUUUACUCUAAAAAGUUUGUGUUAGCGCGUGGUAGCUUCGAGAAUAAAGAGAAAUUUUGUAAACUGAACGAGUCCAUGGUUCGUGAUGGGUAAACCAGGUGAAUAUGAAUGCGAUGAAUAUGAGUGCGGAUUUGUACCAGGUAGACGAGGAAGUGGAGGCGGAAGUCGUUUCGGAGGAGGUGGUCGUGGAGGUGGUGGAGGUCGUGGAGGCGUAGGUGGCCGUGGUGGAGGCCGCGGUGGCGGCCGUGGUUUUGGAGGUGGUAGAGGUGGUGGUUUUGGUAGAGGCGGUGGCGAUGGUGGCAGAGGUGGUGGCCGAAGGGGAGACCAAAAAGGAGGUGGCUUUAAAGGUGGAAAAAAUGUAAUAAUAGAGCCGCAUCGUCAUGAGGGAGUAUUUAUAGCUAGAGGAAAGGAAGAUGCAAUAGUGACUAAGAGCUUAGUACCUGGAACAGCAGUGUAUGGAGAGAAGAGAAUCACUGUUGAUGAUCCUGAAAAUACCAGUGAGAAAAUUGAAUAUAGAGUGUGGAAUCCAUUCAGAUCUAAAUUAGCUGCUGCUAUUGUUGGAGGUAUUGGACAAAUUUAUAUGCCUCCUAAAAGCAGAGUAUUAUAUCUAGGUGCUGCAUCCGGUACCACUGUAUCUCAUGUAGCUGAUGUAGUUGGUGAAAAUGGGAUUGUGUAUGCAGUAGAAUUCUCGAACAGAACAGGCAGAGAUCUUAUAGAAGUUGCUAAGAAAAGAAGUAACAUCAUUCCUAUAGUCGAAGAUGCGAGACAUCCCCAGAAAUACAGGAUGUUGGUAGGAAUGGUAGAUACCAUUUUCUCGGACGUGGCACAACCGGAUCAAGCUAGAAUUGUCGUCUUAAAUGCGCAAAAUUUCCUUAAGAGUGGCGGACACUUUGUUAUUUCCAUCAAGGCAAGUUGCAUAGACUCACUCUCCCAACCCGAGGUUGUAUUCGCGUCGGAAGUGAAGAAAUUAUUGGCUGACAAUUUAAAGCCGCUGGAACAAAUCACACUCGAACCAUUUGAAAGAGAUCAUGCUGUUGUAGUUGGCGUUUACAGGCCGCCAUCGAAAAAAAGUUAAAAUAUAUAUGUAAUUAAGAAGAUUAAAUGUUCUGGUUCCAUUUUUUUAAUUUUUAUCCAAAAUAUCAGACAUUAAUUCGAAUGCGGAAAAUGGAAAGUGCGUGAUAUUUUUAAAGAUUGAGAAAUUUGAUUUAUCAAAAAUAAAAAUAGUUUAUAAUAUAUGUAUAUAUCAAUUUCAGCCAUCCAUGACAGAAGCCCUUAUCGCUGUUGUCCCUUAUUCUGUCGUAUCUUUGUUUUCUUUUAAAUUAAUUUAAGCCUUAAGCUCUGCUGCAAGAUAAUAAUCAAUAUAUAUACUGUACUAGUAUUUUGACAACACUGAAUUGUGAAUCUAAAAAAAAAAUCUGUAAUUAUUCAGAUAUUUUAUACAUGACACUACAGUUUAUUCCAUACACAUAUUACUGUAUCUGCAUAUUUCGAAUGCAAAAUAACGUAAUUUCAAAGCAAAUAUAAUAGCGUUAUUUGACUUA